UUUCCAAAAAAAAACUUUUUUCACUGUUUCUGUGUCUCUUUUGGAUCAAUGACGAACGGUGUGAUAACGCGCGUCCACAGCCAGCGUGAGCGUUUGAACGAAACGCUCGUUGAUCAGAGAAACGAAGUCCUUGCCUUGCUUUCCAGGGUUGAAGCUAAAGGGAAAGGUAUUCUUCAACAAAACCAGAUCAUCGCUGAAUUCGAAGCUCUCCCUGAAGAAACCCAGAAGAAGAUUGAAGGUGGUGCUUUCUUCGACCUUCUCAAAACCACUCAGGAAGCAAUUGUGUUGCCACCAUGGGUUGCUCUUGCUGUGAGGCCAAGGCCUGGUGUUUGGGAAUACCUAAAAGUCGAUAUCCAUGCUCUUGUCGUUGAGGAGCUUCAACCUUCUGAGUUUCUUCAUUUCAAGGAAGAACUCGUUGAUGGAGUUAAGAAUGGCGAUUUCACGCUUGAGCUCGAUUUUGAGCCAUUCAAUGCUUCUACCCUGUUGUUGAACGAGAAAAUUCAAAACCUCAACACUCUGCAACACAUAUCGAGGAAAGCAGAGGAGUAUCUGGCAGAGCUUGCACCCGAAACUCCGUAUGAAGAGUUUGAGGCCAAGUUUGAGGAGAUUGGUCUUGAGAGGGGAUGGGGAAACAAUGCCGAGCGUGUCCUUGACAUGAUCCGUCUUCUUCUGGACCUUCUUGAGGCCCCUGACCCUUGCACUCUUGAGAACUUUCUUGGAAGAAUCCCAAUGGUGUUCAAUGUCGUGAUCCUCUCUCCUCAUGGUUACUUUGCUCAGGACAAUGUUCUUGGUUACCCUGACACUGGUGGCCAGGUUGUGUACAUUCUGGAUCAAGUUCGUGCUUUGGAGACUGAGAUGCUCCAACGUAUCGAGCAACAAGGACUCAACAUUACUCCAAGAAUUCUAAUUCUCACUCGACUGCUCCCUGAUGCCGUUGGAACCACAUGUGGUGAGCGUCUUGAGAGAGUUGAUGGAUCUGAGUACUGUGAUAUUCUCCGUGUGCCCUUCAGAACAGAGAAGGGUAUUGUUCGCAAAUGGAUCUCAAGAUUCGAAGUCUGGCCAUAUCUAGAGACUUACACCGAGGAUGCUGCGGUUGAACUUGCCAAAGAAUUGAAGGGUAAGCCUGACCUUAUCAUUGGGAACUACAGUGAUGGAAACCUCGUUGCCUCUUUAUUGACUCACAAACUUGGUGUCACUCAGUGUACCAUUGCUCACGCUCUGGAGAAGACAAAGUACCCGGAUUCCGAUAUCUACUGGAAGAAGCUUGACGACAAGUACCAUUUCUCAUGCCAGUUCACUGCUGAUCUGUUUGCAAUGAACCACACUGAUUUCAUCAUCACCAGUACUCUCCAAGAGAUUGCUGGAAGCAAGGACACUGUUGGGCAGUAUGAGAGCCACACGGCCUUUACUCUUCCCGGACUGUACCGAGUCGUUCACGGGAUUGAUGUGUUUGAUCCCAAGUUCAACAUUGUCUCACCUGGUGCUGAUAUGAGUAUCUACUUCCCUUACACCGAGGAGAAGCGUAGACUAACUAAAUUCAACUCUGAGAUCGAGGAGCUCCUCUACAGCGAUGUUGAAAACCAAGAGCACUUAUGUGUGCUCAAGGACAAGAAGAAGCCCAUCAUUUUCACGAUGGCUAGGCUCGACCGUGUCAAGAACUUGUCAGGUCUUGUUGAGUGGUACGGGAAGAACACCCGCCUUCGUGAGCUGGUUAACUUGGUGGUUGUUGGAGGAGACAGGAGGAAAGAAUCAAAGGACAACGAAGAGAAGGCCGAGAUGAAGAAGAUGUAUGACCUCAUCGACGAAUACAAGCUCAACGGUCAGUUCAGGUGGAUCUCCUCGCAGAUGAACCGGGUCAGAAACGGUGAGCUGUACCGGUACAUCUGUGACACCAAGGGUGCGUUUGUGCAGCCUGCACUGUACGAAGCCUUUGGUCUGACAGUUGUGGAGGCCAUGACCUGUGGGCUACCGACUUUCGCCACUUGCAAAGGUGGUCCAGCUGAGAUCAUUGUGCACGGCAAAUCGGGUUUCCACAUUGACCCUUACCAUGGUGAUCAGGCUGCGGAUACUCUUGCUGAUUUCUUCACCAAGUGCAAGGAAGAUCCAUCUCACUGGGACCAAAUCUCACAGGGAGGACUUCAAAGGAUCGAGGAGAAAUACACCUGGCAGAUAUAUUCGCAGAGACUCCUGACAUUGACUGGUGUGUACGGAUUCUGGAAGCAUGUCUCGAACCUUGACCGUCUUGAGAGCCGUCGUUACCUUGAGAUGUUCUAUGCAUUGAAGUAUCGCCCACUGGCUCAGGCUGUUCCUCUUGCUCAGGAGGAAUGA